UUCUGAACGAGACCAGAACAUAGUGCUCUUGCCCUCUGCCUUCUCUGUAGCUACAGGACGCGCCAUGAAUCCUGCACAUCAGUCUUUAUCUGAAUGAGAUAAGAAAGUAUUAGUGCACGUGACCGUUAUCAGCGUAUAUCACACUGUGGCUUCAGAUGGCAUUAAUCACCACUUCAAGAGAGAUACUUGCACAGGUGCGACUUCAAGUUUACUUAAAAAUAUGGGGUUUCUAUUUGAGAACGCUCUUGUGGAUGUGGGGGCUCUGGCAGCCUGCCUCCUCGCAAUGGUAUACAUAUACUUCAAGAGGUCUACUUCGUAUUGGAAGGAAAGGAAAGUUCCUUACAUCGAACCAACAUUCCCAUUCGGAAAUUUCAGAGACCAGAUAUUCAUUAGAAAACCUAUAGGAUAUGUAUUCGCGGAUCUUUACAAGAAGCUAGACGGUGAGAACUAUGGAGGGACUUACAUGUUCACGAAACCUCAAUUCAUUUUCCGUGACCCGGAAAUUAUAAAAAAUAUCCUGGUUAAAGACUUUACCAGCUUCCAUGAUCGUGGCUUCUUCAUUGAUGAAGAGAUUGAACCUCUUACUGGCCACUUGGUCCUUCUUCCUGGAGAAAGAUGGAGAAAUCUUCGUGUAAAAUUGACACCAACUUUCACUUCUAGUAAAAUUAAAAUGAUGUUUCAAGGUUUGGUUGAUUGUGGGCACGAACUUGGAAGCAUUCUAGAAGAAACCGCCCGUAGAGAAGAGAUUAUUGAAAUCAAAGAUAUCUUGGCUAGGUACAGCACGGACGUAAUAUCGUCAUGUGCAUUUGGCAUCCAAUGUAAUUGUCUCGAGAAUCCAGAUGCUGAAUUUCGUCAAUGGGGAAGGAAAAUCUUCGAAUCCUCGAUAAGGUCGUCAGUAAUUGAAACUCUGAAUGCAAUAUUUCCUUUUUCGAUAAGUCUCCUGAAGUUGAAUGUGUUUGAUCCCAAAGUUUCAAAAUAUUUUCGAAGUAUGGUUCAAGACACCGUGAACUAUAGGGAGAAAAACAACAUUAAACGCAAUGACUUUUUGCAACUGCUUAUCAAAAUCAAGAAUGAGGGCAAAGUGGAUGAAGAGCAUGAUUAUCUACAGGAGAAUGACCAUGGGAAGUUUGAGAAGACGUCAGGUUUGUCGAUGAACUCUUUGGCGGCCCAGGCCUUCGUAUUCUUUCUUGGGGGUUUCGAGACUUCGUCAAACACCAUGACUUUCUGUCUGUACGAGCUGUCAUUGCACCAGGACAUACAGGAAUGUCUCCGGGAAGAGAUCGAUACUGUGCUGAAGAAACAUGAAGGCAAGAUUACUUACGAAGCCAUCCAAGAGAUGGAGCACUUGGAUAAAGUUGUUGCAGAAACUCUUCGGAAAUAUCCACCAGUUCAGAUCUUAAACCGUGAAUGUACCAAAGCCUACAAAAUACCUGACACGGAUAUUGUCCUGGAGAAAGGAAUCCGAACGGUUAUACCCGUCUUGGCCCUUCAUCACGACCCUAAGUAUUAUCCUGACCCUGAGAGAUUCGACCCGGAGAGAUUCAGUGAAGAGGAAAAGGCGAAGAGGCACCACUACGUGUAUCUGCCCUUCGGAGAGGGUCCCAGGAUAUGCAUAGGAAUGCGGUUCGGGCUGAUGCAAUCCAAGGUGGGGAUUGUCUCUCUUUUAUCCAAAUACCAAUUCAACGUGAGCAUGAAAACUCCAGUUCCGUUGGUAUUUGAUAGGAAACUAUUCACACUCUCACCUCUUGGUGGCUUGUGGCUGCAGAUUAAGGAGCGCGUGACAUAAAACACUUCUGUGUAAACCGGGAGCACGAAACGAAGUAGUUUGCUAUAUCUUAAACCGUUCUUUAAGUCAGGUCUUUAAUACGAUACCUGGAAAUACAAAGCACUAUAAGCGAGCAACUGUUCAGUUACACGUAAUAAAAAAUGUAGAAAUAUGAAUAUAAAUCUAAAUUAAAGGACUAAACUCCGUGGUUUUAGUCCGCAAGUGAACU